CACGUUUCAAUAUGGCUGACAAAUUUUGAAAAUAAAAAAUUAGACAGCAUUUUGAGACAAUGCUUCUUAGCCGUUCGACAUUUUGCUUGAAAUAGUGAUUCAAUAUGGGUAUAAAAAUGGGAUCUUGCAUAUUGGGGAUAUUUUUAACUGUCCUUUGUCUCAUUUUGGAGAUAGAAGCCAAAACAACAAAAGGAAUUUUUUCUACGAGGAUGGCCCAAGAAGAAAUGGGACAAUAUGUGUCUACAUUUUGUUUUCAUGGUGAAACUGCCAUCAUAUCCUAUACCUUGAACUCAACUGGUACUACGCAAGGAGUCCUGGGCCUUAUCUUAGAUGAAGACUGGCACACUGUCACACCAGAUACCCAAUGUCACACCAAACUGGACCUUGCAAAAAUAAAGUAUGAACUUACUGACACAGGAGGCAAUAUAAGUAUGGCACAAUUUGCUGACACUAAGAUCUGGCAUAUUAUAUAUUCGGACACCUACACGUGUGAAAGGACAAGAUCCCUGAACCCAUUAGAAAAGUCAAGUUAUAUUGAGUUUGAAAUACAAAUGUUGAACCCAGACAUUGAAGGGGAACCAACCAAUCAUUUCAGUGAUGAGGAAACAGGUUUGUUGAGGUUUUUCCAACUUCUGACAUUGAUGUACUUCAUCCUGGCCUGUAUAUACACCCCUAGUCUCCAAGAAUCUCUAAGCAAAGGGGGGCCAAUGUGCCAGGUUCUGAAGCUAUUGAUAGGAGCCUUGUUUCUCCAAGCUGGAGGGUCUCUACUUAUAAUGCUGCAUUUACAUAGAUAUUCAAGUGAUGGAUAUGGCUUAACUUUCCUGCAAAUUCUUUCUGAAUUGCUAGAUGUGGUUUCCCAGUUCAUCAUGCUAUAUAUGGUAUUAAGCCUGACUCUCGGUUGGACAUUGGGCUCCCAUAAGAAUGUAAACCCACUAAAAAACCAGCAGGCCUCUGGUAUUGUCGGCACUUUAGGAAUAUUACAGGGUCUUUUGUUUCUAUGGGAACAGAAUGAGGAUCAAGAGUUUAGGAUCUACCACGCCCACCGUUCAACUGCGGGGUUCUUACUCCUAUUAGUUCGCAUCACCCUAGCAGUGCUUUUUUCCUGUAAUCUUUACACAACUGUCACCAAGGAAAGAAGUACCCUAAAGCGAGAGUUUUACGCUAGUUUCUCAAAGAGCUGCCUUUUAUGGUUUCUGUGUUACCCUGUACUAGUAGUGUCUUCGUGGCUUCUCACAGCUUACCUUAGAUACAAGUUCAUUGUAAUGGGGAUGGUGAUUUGUCAGAAUGUCGCAAUAUUAUUUCUCUACAGGCUGUUCCUUUCACGCUCCCUCUAUUGGGAAGUGUCAGCACUAUCCAGCUCAAUUCCGCUAAAAAUGGACAAAAAUUUUGGAAUCAGAAUCUACAGCUGAUGCAGUUUUCAUUAGGAGGGUUAUUGCAAUAUUUUCGAUUUUCAUUUCAAAUAUGUUGUAAAAAUUGUUACAAUUUUGAAAAUUGUUUCAUUUUUUAAGGACAUUUAAUACAUGUUUAUUAUUAUUUGAAAUCGUUACACUGUACAUGUAAAAUUGUUUUUUUGAAGUCUCAUGUUUAGACCAGACCAAAGAUUUUG